UAAGUAUGGAUUUUUUUUCAGUGUUUUGUCUGUGAUAAAUGUUACAUGCCAUUUUGAAUGUAGACAUUCAUUCUUCAAAUAUGAUCUAAACGUCUAGGUUGUGAAACAGUUUCUCUCAGAAAUGGGCCUAAAAUGGAUUUUAAUCACCUUUCUUCUCUCAGCUGUCUGUAAUUUAGCUGCAUAUGUUCCUCAUCGGUAUCUCCUUUUGAAUGAGAGUAAAACUUGGACUGGAGCUCAGAGCUACUGCAGACAGAACUACAUUGAUCUGGCCACCAUCAACAACAUGGAGGAGAUGAAGAAGCUCAAUGCUACUCUGAAUAAACAUCUGAAUGACAUACUCAGCAGCUCUGUUUGGAUCGGCCUUGUCAGAGGGGACAAGGGGGAAUGGCUGUGGUCUCUGGCAGAUGGAAAUGUCUACACAGGGGGGAGCACGUACAGAAACUGGAGAAGUGGGGAACCAAAUGGUCCUUUGAAUGGGACCCAGUACUGUGUUGCAAUGUUUAAAGGUGAUGGAACCUGGAUGGAUGAUCACUGCAGCAGUUUGUUCACUUUCGUCUGUUAUGAUGAAAAGAAGACAAAGGCUGAAAGAUACGUAUUCAUUAAUGAAACGAGGACCCGGCGAGAAGCUCAGAGCUACUGUAGAGAACAUCACACAGACCUGGCCAGUGUGACGAACCAGACUGAGAACCAGCAGAUCUUUAAUAUUUCAAAAAACUAUUUGACUGCUUAUCAUAUUUGGAUUGGCCUGUUCAACGACUCCUGGAAGUGGUCAGAUCAGAGCAACUCUUCAUUCAGGUACUGGAUGUCUGGUCCAGAGAAUUAUGGUCAAGGUGGAAAGUGUGCUGCGGUGUUGCUGACUGAGAAAGACCAGUGGAAUAAUGAGAAGUGCGACAACCAGCUCCCAUUCAUCUGUUAUGAGAAUAAGCUGAUCUUGAUCAAUCAGAAUCUGACCUGGAGAGAAGCUCUGAGAUACUGCAGAGAUCAUCAUGUGGAUCUGGUCUCAGUUCAGUCUGAGGAGAUCCAGCUCUGGGUGAAGGAGGUGGCACAGAAAGCCUCCACUGAACAUGUGUGGCUGGGUCUGCGUCACACCUGCACCCUCAGCUUCUGGUUCUGGGUGAGUGGAGAGUCUAUCUGCUACCAGAACUGGGUUCCAGAUAACGGGACCGGAGAAGAAGACUGCAGCUCUGUAGAGAGAACUGGAGCAGUGCAGUCUAGAGGAGGUCAGCAGUGGGUCAGCCUGCCUGAGGACCAGGAACUCAACUUCAUCU